AUGUCAAUGAUUUCUAAUUGGAAUAAAAUAGUCAACUCUGAUAAUAGUAUUGUUGAGUCGAAAUUGAAAGAAAAACAAAACCGUGCUAGUGUACCUCAAUCUCUUGCAUUACUUAUGAAUUUUAAAGAUGAUGGAACGAUGUCAUUACAAAUUAUACAAGGAUCAGAGGUCGUUUACUUGGAUUAUGGACUUUGUAAACAUGGACAAAUAUUCGAUCCAGCUAUUGGUCGUUGUCGUGAUACUUACUGUCAAGAAAUUAAUUAUAAAUUUAAUGGAACUACAUGUGUACCGGAUGAAAGUAAAAAUACUGUAAAUGUAUACAAACGAAUGAGUGAUAUUGAUGUAUCUAUAACACUUGUUAUUUUACCAAAGAAUUGGAAUGAAAGUGAAAAAGGCAAUUUUUCGAAACGUCUUAACAGUCAAAUGAAUGAAACAUGUACGAAUGAUUGGGCUGAAAUGUUUCAUAAUACACUUCAUGGUUAUCUUGAUAUCGAUUAUGAACGUAUCACAAAAAUUAAGUACCUUGUCAAACAAAACCAAUAUAAAGUUUCACAAAGUCCAUCAAAGAUUAAUUCGAAAGCAAUAAGUAGUACUUCUGAAAAAGAUACUAAUACGUUAAUAGUUCAUCCAAAUUCACCAGUAUCUGAUAGUAUUAGUGAACAACUUAUUAAUAACAAAUCAAUUAUUGUAAAUUUUAAUUUUUCUAUUACUGAUCGAAAUGAAACAUCAAAUGAUACAUUAACUAGUUUACAUAUUGUAACACUUCUUUUAUUUGCAUCAGAAUUUCAUGUCAUAAUGGAUCUAUGUGAAAAAUAUUCAAUUAAAGUUGAAAAAGUAUCAAUUAUAUCAGAUAAAAAUAAAACUCGACAUGAAUUUUGUGGUGAACCGGAUGUAUUAUAUCCAACAAAUACUGGUGUUAUACGUAGACGUAUAAGAUCCGAUGGAGAAAUUGAUUAUGUUGUUGAUGUACCUGAACUUGAAACAACAUAUGAAAGUGGAGAUUAUACUUAUUUAUUUAUGGUUUCAACAUUAACACAACAACAACAACAACUAAAGAAAACAUCCCAAGAUGCUUUAACAUCUUCAACGUUAAAUUCAACUUCAGCAGUAAAAAUGAUGUUAGUUUGUAAUCGUCAACCUCGAAUAGUUGAUCGUUGUCCAGAUAGUCUUGUUAUGCGUAUAGCACUUUGUGAAGUAACUCAAUAUAAAAAUCUUUCAAUACGUAUUAAACGUACUGGUCGUUUAUAUACAAAUCGUGAAUAUCGCUAUGAUGAUUUUCGUUCAGAUUUAUAUAUUGUUGUAUGUAAACAUAAUUCAUAUAAUAAUACAAAGAAUGGAAAAAAAUUAGAUUUUUUUGAUAAAGUUCCUGGAUAUUUAUCAACAAUAGCAAUAUUUCUUUCAAUAUGUGCAUUAUCAAUAACAUUAUUAACAUUUAUAUUAUUUUCAUCAUUACGUAAUUUACCUGGAUGUAAUAUAAUGAAUUUAAUUAUAGCUUUAAUAUUAGCUGAAAUUUUAUUUUUAUUACAAAGUUUAUUAAUAAUGACGAAACCAAGUGUUUGUUUAUUAUUUGCAUUAGGAAUACAUUAUUUCUUUUUGGCAAGUUUUUUUUGGAUGAAUGUUAUGGCAUUUGAUCUAUGGAAAACAUUUCAUAAAGGUUUUUCAAUUUAUAUUUGUGAAAUUCGUGAACGUUUACCAUAUUAUGCUUUAUAUGCAUGGGGUAUGCCAGUUAUUAUUAUUUUAAUUGGAAUUAUAUUAGAUGCAAAAAAUGCUCAAUUAAAACCGUGUUAUGGAAGAUAUUUUCGUGGUUGUUAUGAUAUUUGUUUUCAUACAAAACAUGAUGCACCUUUACAAGGUUGUUGGAUUGAAUCAGCAUUGAUGCGUUUUCUACUAUUCGGUGUUCCCGUAGCAAUUAUACUCGUAAUUAAUUUUAUAUUUUAUACAUUAACUGUUCGAAAUGUUCGUCGAAGUAUAAAAUCUAUACGUAUAGCAGUCGAACGUAAAUUUCAACAUAAAAAACAAGUUAUACCUGGUGAACAUGAUGUAAAAAUUUAUAUGCGAAUGGCUGUUUUAGCUGGUUUUGGUUGGACCAUUGGUUUUAUUUUAUUUGCUUUACCUGAUGGUCAACAAGGUUUUCUAUAUUAUUUGGCUGUUAUAUUUAACUAUUUAUUUAUACUUCUUAAUGCAACACCCGGUUUAUUUAUAUUUGGUGUUUACGUAUGUAAUCGUCGUGUCAUUUCAUUAUAUCGUGGUUUAUUGAUAAAAUUAUUUCAUUUUAUUCAAUUAAAAUAUCAAAUAUAUAAAGAAUACCUUUUAAAUCAAAGUCAAACUUCUUUUAAUCAAAUCAAAUACCGAAUGACUAAAUUAAAAAAUAUUUUUUAUAAACAUAAACCACAAGAUUUAUCAAUGAGAUUUUAG